CCUUUCUUUUUUUGAACCAUUGGUAAAGUCAUGCUAUGCUUCUUCUUUUUUCAAGUCAGUUUAGUACUGCAUCUGAUUCAAAGUCUGACACAAACAAAGAUUGAAGUGAGUGCACAACUCUAAUGCUACAACUUGGUUCCUCUUUUGAUGUAAGCAUUGACAAGUUGAAUAUUUUGGUUUGGUAGUGCUGAAUCAUUCAAAACCUACUCUUUACUUACCUCAUUUAAGAAUAGAGCUUGAAAAAAAGUUUGUUUUAGCAAUAAGUUUUCAUUGAUUCUUCAACCCAAUGGAAAGAAAAAGAGAUGUAGCUUUGUUUUGUUUGGCUUUGUUCUUCUUAUGGACUUCAGUUGCUGGUUUGCUUUCUCCUAAAGGUGUCAACUAUGAAGUUCAAGCUUUGAUGGGUAUUAAGAAUUCUCUAGUGGAUCCUCAUUCUGCCUUAGAUAGCUGGGAUGCUGAGUCUGUGGAUCCUUGUAACUGGGCUAUGGUCACUUGUUCUCCUGAUGAUCAUUUUGUGACUGCCCUUGGAAUUCCAAGCCACAAUAUAUCUGGAACUCUCUCAUCAAGCAUAGGCUCCUUACCAAACCUUCAAACUGUGCUGCUGCAGGAUAAUAAUAUCUCAGGACCAAUUCCUUCAGAGAUUGGGAGGCUUCAAAAGCUUCAAACUCUUGAUCUUUCUGACAAUUUAUUCACUGGUCAACUUCCAGAUUCUCUUUCUCAUAUGAGGGGUCUCCAUUAUUUGCGGCUAAACAAUAACAGUCUUUCUGGACCAAUUCCUUCCCCAGUGGCUAACAUGUCACAGCUUGUCUUUCUGGAUCUCUCUUUUAAUAAUUUGAGUGGACCUGUACCUAGAUUAAAUGCCAAAACAUUCAAUAUUGUUGGUAAUCCCCAGAUAUGUGCCACUGGAGUUGAACAAAAUUGUUUUAGAACAACAUUAAUUUCUUCUGCUAUGAAUAUCUCUCAAGAUUCAAAAUCCUCUAAUAGACCAAAAAGUCACAAAGCUGCUUUGGCUUUUGCUUCAAGCCUAAGCUGCAUAUGCUUACUAAUUUUGGGUUUUGGCUUCCUUCUUUGGUGGAGACAAAGAUAUAACAAGCAAAUAUUCUUUGACACGAAUGAACAACACCGUGAAGAGAUUUGCCUUGGAAACCUUAAGAAGUUCCAUUUCAGAGAACUUCAUGUUGCUACAAAUAACUUCAGCAGCAAAAACUUAGUUGGUAAAGGUGGUUUUGGAAAUGUAUACAAAGGUUAUCUUCCAGAUGGUAAAGUUAUAGCAGUCAAAAGGCUUAAAGAUGGUAAUGCCAUUGGUGGUGAGAUCCAAUUCCAAACUGAACUAGAGAUGAUCAGCUUAGCUGUACACAGGAAUCUUCUUCGCUUGUAUGGAUUUUGUAUGACAACUACAGAAAGGCUCUUGGUUUAUCCCUAUAUGUCAAAUGGUAGUGUUGCUUCUCGUCUAAAAGCCAAGCCAGCUCUAGACUGGGCUACAAGGAAAAGAAUAGCAUUAGGAGCAGGAAGAGGGUUACUAUAUUUACAUGAACAGUGUGACCCAAAGAUAAUUCACAGGGAUGUUAAGGCUGCAAAUAUCUUACUUGAUGAAGAUUGUGAGGCUGUAGUAGGAGACUUUGGGUUAGCAAAGCUGUUGGACCACAGAGAUUCACAUGUGACAACAGCAGUGAGAGGAACUGUAGGACACAUAGCCCCUGAGUACCUUUCAACAGGACAAUCCUCAGAUAAAACAGAUGUGUUUGGAUUUGGAAUUCUUCUUCUUGAAUUGAUAUCUGGACAAAGAGCUCUUGAAUUUGGUAAAGCAGCUAACCAGAAAGGUGCUAUGCUUGAUUGGGUGAAGAAAAUACAUCAAGAGAAGAAGAUUGACUUGUUAGUUGACAAAGAUUUGAAAAACAACUAUGACAGGAUAGAGUUAGAUGAAAUAGUUCAAGUGGCACUUUUAUGUACUCAGUAUCUUCCAAGUCACAGGCCAAAAAUGUCAGAAGUUGUUAGGAUGCUUGAAGGAGAUGGACUUGCAGAGAAAUGGGAAGCCUCACAGAGAGCUGAAUCAACAAGAAGUAGAGGAAAUGAACUCUCCUCUUCAGAGCGUUAUUCUGACCUUACUGAUGACUCUUCAUUGCUUGCACAAGCUAUGGAACUCUCUGGACCAAGAUAACAUACAAAGUUUUUGUGUGUAUAUGUGUGAUAUUAGUAUGAUGUUGUUUUUCUGACUGUACAGAAUCUGAUUGGAGACACUGACGUAUAGAUGUUUGUUUGUAAUGUGUUUUGAUCAACUAUGGGAGGAAGAUUUUUAUGGGAAAUGUUCAUUUUGGAUCCUUCGGCUUGUUGGAAUAAUGUUCAUAAAAUAGAUUGUACUCAAAACUGUUGAUAUCAUUUUGGGAUUUGUUUCGCUGGUUGA